AUGAAGGGGCCAACUCCGGAACAGCACGACGGCUCCGGCCUGCGCAUCGGCAUCGUCCACGCCCGCUGGAAUGCCGAGAUCAUCGACCCCCUCCUGGAGGGCACCAGGGCGAAGCUGCUCGCGUGCGGCGUGCAGGAGAGCAACAUCGUCGUGGAGUCUGUCCCGGGGUCCUGGGAGCUUCCGAUCGGUGUCCAGCGUAUGUUCGCCGCCUCCCAGAUCCAGUCGUCCUCCUCGUCCAGCGCAAGCGCCGGCGACCUCCUCGGCGGGUCCACGACGGACCUGACCUCCCUGUCGGCGGGCAAGCCGGCCGCGGGCGCCGGGCUGUCCACCGCCUUCGACGCCCUGAUCGCCAUCGGCGUGCUCAUCAAGGGCGACACCAUGCACUUCGAGUACAUCGCCGAUGCCGUCUCGCACGGUCUCAUGCGCGUCCAGCUCGACACGGGCGUCCCCGUCGUCUUCGGCGUGCUGACCGUCCUCAACGAGGACCAGGCCAAGGCCCGCGCGGGCGUCACCAGCGGCGGCCACAACCACGGCGAGGACUGGGGGCUCGCCGCCGUCGAGAUGGGCGGCAAGCGCAAGGGCUGGGCCGGCGGCAAGUUGUCGUCGUAG